AUGCUUUGCGAACUCUUACGCAACGAUAAGUAUCAUGCAUCGACAUUGGUUCCCUUUAUGCUUUCUAAUUUAAUCGACACGAUAUGCACAAGAAUCCCGGAUCCUCGCUUAGUCAUUGUUAAGCUGGAGGGCUGCACGACGGGCUACCCAAUCAACCUCGGGCUUGGGUCUACAAUACACCACUUCUUUCAUAACUCAUACCCCCUGAAAGACUACAGUAAUAAAGCCAAAACUUCCUCAGUUCCAUGUCUUUUCGUUGUUCUUAGAAACCCAGAAUUCUUCUUUACCACAGCAGGAACCCUAAGAUCGUUGGGAUGCAUACUGAACUUUCAGAACAAUGGUAUGAUAGGACGGUAUCGAAUUUCGGGUCCGUCAAUGAAUUUGGACAAAAUCCAUGUUCUCUCACGAUCUACGUUCGCCCCAUUACGCCCUGAAAGCAAACUCAACUACCGACAAUACACGCUAAACUAA